AGCGCACCGCAGUGCACUCGCUCAGCAUGCGGCCACCGCCCACGCUGCUCGCCUCCUUCAAGGAGGUGCUCAGCCGCACGGCCGUCCUCCAGACCAAGGGCGGAGCGAGCAAGCUCGUCCGCCCCUCGCUCAAGUUCCAGCGCCCCGUCCACCCGCCGGCCGCAGCGACUCGCCGCCACGCCUCGUCCUCGGCCGCCCACCCGUCGUCGUGGCGCGCCGCCGUCGACUCGAUCUUUGCGAGCACGUUCAACACGAUCCGCACGGGCGCCGUCGUCCGCCCAGGCCCGUACUCGUCGUCACGCCUCGCGACCCGCGCCGCACCGGCCGCCUCUCGCCCCGCCGGCCGCCCCCUGUCGUCGGCCGCUCGUGCACGCUUCGGGCCCUCGCCGCGCCCUCACGCCGGCUUCUCGACCCCUCACACGGCCCACGUCGGCCUCGGGGCCGCGCGCCAGUUCUCGUCGUCCGGGUUCGGCGCGUGGGACAACCUCGUCCACAACGCGCCGCUCGCGCUGCGGGCGCUCGCCGACCAGUUUGGCGACGGCGGCAUCGACCGCCGCAAGUGGCGCGCCGACACGGCGGGCAUCAGGAGGGCGGCGAGGACUGCCGUCAAGGGCAAGGGGAGGGCCCCGGCCGGCUUUGACGCGCUCGAGGACAAGAAGCUCGAGUUUGCGCGCUUCUUCGGCGUCGCCAAGGCCGCUCACGUCGACGAGACGCAGCACCACGCCGCCGCCGAGCCCGUCACGCUCGUCCUCGCCGUCGACCCGGACUUUGACCUCGCCGUCCCGUCGCCGGCGCCGUCGACCUCGACCUCGGCGCACGACCCGCUCUCUUCGUUCCGCGUCCUGUCGUCCUCGGCCCUCGACUCGUUCGCCACCAUCUCUUCGGCCUACUCGACCCACGCGCACCACCUGCGUGUCGUCGUCAACCGUCUUGCGGCCGCGGGCCUCCUCGACCCGGACGUGCGCGCCUCGACACAGGUCGGCGUCGUGCCGCUCGAGCUCGAGUCGCCGCACGCCGGUCGCCGCGUGUGGCGCAUCGUGUUUGACGACGCGCUCGUGACCCGCGAUACGGUCGAGCGCGUCGUGCGCGGCGAGGCCGAGCUCGGUGCCGCCGCCACGUCAUCAUCGUCGUCGUCGUCGGUUGUCGCGCCGCCCUGGGCCGACAAGGUCCGGCAGUGGAACCGCCAGAGCGCCGUCGGCGCCGGCGAGGGCGACUGGUGGUGGCUCGUCGGCGGCGAGACGCGGGCGUCGCUCGAGCCGUCGUCGGUCCUCUCGCCCGGGCUCGGCGACACGCCCAUGGCGUCGCUGCCGCUCUCGCCGGCCUCGCCACGCUCGACGGCAGCGUCGACGGCGCGCUCGGACGACGGCAGCAACGACUCGUCGUCGGGCGCCGCCUUCCUCAUCGACGCGGCGCACGCCCUCGCCGUCGCAGAGACGUUUGUCCUCCCCGACCCGUCGUCGGCCUCUUCGUCCCUGCUCCUUGACGACUAUCACGACGAGCUCGACCAGCCUCCCUGGACGACGUGGACGUUCGACUCGGCCGCCGGCGGCGCGCGCUCGUCGUCCCUCUCGACCAUUUCGCUCCUCGACGUCGCCGCGUCGUCCGACGACGACGACGGCGACGCGCUCGACCCGGCCGCGAGCGUCUGGGCCGACGAGAGCGACGUCGAGCUCUCGGCGUCGCAGUGGGGCAGCGGCAGUGAGGACGGGAGCGUGAUUGCGCUCGGCGAGGACGAGGGCGUGAGGGGGUUCUUGCGCGACGUCGAGGUCGAGCUGGGCGCGAGGGGUGCGGGCAGCUGGUGAUUUCUGAGACUCUCUCUGUGUACUUGUGUGGCUCUCGUCGCGUGGAACUUGCAGCGUGUCCGUCACUGUC